AUGACAAGCACCAACAACAACCUCCAUCAAGUUCAACAACCAACCAACCUCCAACCUCCAACCAUCCCAGAUGUAGGCCGGCAUACUUCAAGCAUGUCCAACGACACCCCGCCCGAGAGCUCGUCGCAACCCGCGCCCACGCCUACGCCUGCGCCUGCGCCUGCCGCCGCGCCUCCCUUCGACGCCCUCUUCACCCUGCUCACCAACACCACCACGGGAUCAACCGUCCACCCCACGGUGCAGUACCUCUUCGCCGACGACGACACCUCCGUCCUGUCGGCGCCGCCGCCGCGCGCCCUCGUCGUGGACCUGGCCCCCUCCCCCGACGGCACUCGCUGGUCCGUCGCGUGGGCGUCGAGCCUCAGCCCGGACUUUGCCCUGACGAGCUGCCGCACGGCCGUCCAGCACGACGACGACGACAAGUCCCCCGUGCUGAGGCUCGAGGGCGUCGAGCGCGAGCCCGUCCAGCCGGCCAGCCUGCCCGGCGAGGCGAGCUCCGCCCUGGCCGACGAGUUUCGGAGGCGCAUCGCCGUCCUGGGCAAGGUCGUUGCCGAGGGGGGCAAAAGGAGGCAGCUGGCGGGGCGGGGGGACGAGCAGCCGCCGGCGUGA